AUUAUCUAAAGAAGUGUGAGUCCUCUAGCUUUGUUUUUCUUUUUCAAGAUGGUUGCGGCUAUUCUAGGACCUUUGCACAGCCAUAUGUACCAGGUGUCCAUUUAUUGUCUCUCAGAUCCAAAUUCACCCUUCUGUACCUGCUCUGGGAUAAUGAAGUGGACUCCUUAAGCAUUUCUCCUUGAAGAGGGCAUGAUGUCAGUCUUUGUCACUAGAAGGUGCUGGAAGGGCAUUGCAAUAGCAGAAGGUUUCUCCUCACGGCUCCUUUUGUGAUGUUUUGCUUUUCCUUGCCUUUCAGCUGCUGUCAGCUGCACAGUGGGAUGUGGUGUGCAGACAUACACGGACUGGGUACCCAGAGCAUGGAGUCCCUAGUGACUUUGCAGCCCUGGCCUGGUCACCACCUUGCCACAGUCCUCCCAGUACAGACAUCACACACUCCAGCCCUCCUACCCACAGCAGCUCCCCACUCCCUCUGCACACCCCCAGCCUCAGCUUACCUGAGCCCUGGAGAGCUGUUUCCCACGGCCCUCCCAACCCAAACAGGGCAGCACCAGGUCUCCCGCCCAGUGGUGAUCUGGCUCCCUUUGCUCGUCUGUUCCUGGGAGGGUUGUUCUGCUGCCUGGUCUGGCCUUAGUAACCUAGCAAGAUUCUCCACCAUCCAGUGGGCUGCCACCAACCUCCUCUGGGGAGGUCUGAAGCCCAGCCUUUGGGAGGAGACCCUCCAAGUUUGUCCUUUGUUGAUGUUGAAAUACUCCUCUGCAACAAGAUAGUCUCCUUCUGACCAACGUUCUCAUCACUCAUCUGGGAAUUACAUAGGAAGUUUAGGCAACUAACAUUCAGUGAGUUCAUCAUGGUCAGGAAAGCAGGCUAUAGGGCCAGGCUAUCUGGGUGCAUAUCCUGGCUCUGCCUUUUGGCAGGUCUUGGACAUGUUUUAUAACCUCUCUGUCCUCAGUUUUCUGGCCUGUAGAAUGGGCAUGAUAAGAGCAUAGGGUCAGAAUGAGGAUCAAGAGAGAUAAUACAUGUCAAGCAUUUAGUGUAGUGACUAACAUAGUAAAUGCUCAGUUCCUGGCAGCAGCCGCUGUUACUACAGUUAUUGCUUUUACUAUCAUUACUUGUAUCCCUAACUGGAUCAUAAAUGCUUAAUGAAGAGAGCAUAAUUUAAUCUCUGCUCUCAGCUAUCCCCAGGGUUUGGGAUCUUGCUAUUUCCAUUUUAGACGUGCAAUAAAAAUGACAGAAUAAGUGAGUUGCUGAGGAAUGUUCUGUUUCCUGUAGAAAGAAGAAGUGCGGCGGAAGCACAUUCGUCUGCACAUGGAAAGCGCGCUGACUGCCCGGGACAAGGUCGGGGUGCAGGAUUUUGUGCUGUUGGAUGCCUACACCAGUGAAUCUGCUUUUCUGGACAACCUGCGCAAGCGUUUCAGCGAGAACCUCAUCUAUACAUAUAUUGGGACCCUCCUUGUGUCUGUGAACCCAUACCAGGAGCUUGGAAUCUACACUGUGAGCCAGAUGGAACUUUAUCAAGGGGUCAAUUUCUUUGAACUGCCACCGCAUGUCUACGCCAUAGCUGACAACGCUUACCGCAUGAUGUGCUCUGAGCUAAAUAACCACUUCAUCCUCAUUUCUGGAGAGAGCGGGGCAGGGAAAACGGAGGCCUCCAAGAAGAUUCUCCAGUAUUUUGCAGUGACCUGCCCAAUGACUGAGUCACUACAAAUAGCCCGUGACAGACUGCUACUCUCCAAUCCAGUGCUGGAGGCUUUUGGAAAUGCCAAAACACUCCGGAAUGACAACUCCAGCAGAUUUGGAAAAUACAUGGACAUACAGUUUGACUUUAAGGGCAUUCCUGUAGGCGGGCAUAUCAUCAGUUACUUGAUAGAGAAGUCUCGAGUCGUCUAUCAAAAUCAGGGUGAGCGGAAUUUCCACAUCUUCUACCAGCUGCUAGAGGGUGGAGAAGAGGAGCUCCUUGCUUACCUGGGACUUGAGCGAGAUCCCCAGCUGUAUAAAUACCUCUCACAGGGCCACUGUGCCAAAGAGUCGUCUAUUAAUGACAAGAACGACUGGAAAACUGUUUCCAAUGCCUUUUCUGUCAUCGAUUUUACUGAAGAUGAUCUUGAGAAUCUCUAUGGAAUUAUUGCCAGUGUCCUACACCUGGGGAACAUCUGUUUUGAAGCGAACCAGCAGGGCUGUGCCUGCAUACCAGACACCCACGAGAUCAAAUGGAUUGCCAAGCUCCUAGGGGUCAACCCAUGGGUCCUUCUGGAAGCUCUCACCCAUAGAAAGAUUGAAGCCAAAAUGGAGGAGGUGAUAUGCCCACUGACGCUAGAACUCUCUGCCUACGCUAGAGAUGCAAUGGCAAAGGCCGUUUACGGACGAACAUUUACUUGGCUGGUCAACAAAAUCAAUUCUUCCUUAGUGAACAAGGAUUACACUGGGAAAACGGUGAUUGGAUUGCUGGAUAUCUAUGGGUUUGAAGUCUUUGACAAGAAUGGUUUUGAACAGUUCUGUAUAAAUUACUGCAAUGAGAAACUCCAGCAACUAUUAAUUGAGAGAACCCUAAAAGCGGAACAGGCAGAAUAUGAAAUGGAAGGUAUAGAGUGGGAGCCAAUUCAGUAUUUCAACAACAAGAUCAUCUGUGACUUGGUAGAAGAGAGACACAAGGGAAUCAUUUCCAUUCUGGAUGAAGAAUGUAUUCGUCCUGGUCCUGCUACAGACUUGAGUUUCCUGGAGAGAUUGGAAGAGAAAGUGGGCAAGCACGCACACUUCCAAACCCGGAAGCUGGCAGGUCCAAAGUGCAGAAAGAGGAUUGGCUGGAUGGAGUUCCGGCUCUUCCACUAUGCAGGAGAGGUCACAUACUGCACCAAGGGAUUCUUGGAAAAAAACAAUGAUCUCCUCUACAGACAUCUGAAAGAAGUGCUGUGCAGGUCCAAAAACAGAAUCCUGAAGGAAUGCUUCCGGGUGGCCGAGUUAGAAAACCGGAGAAGGCCACCAACAGUGGGGACUCAGUUUAAAAACAGUCUGAGCAGCCUUCUGGAAAUUCUCAUCUCUAAGGAACCUUCGUACAUCCGUUGCAUCAAGCCCAACGAGAGUAAAGAACCCAGCAAGUUCGAUGUCUUCCUCAUAAGGCAUCAGAUCAAGUACCUGGGGCUGAUGGAGCACCUGCGGGUGAGACGGGCUGGCUUUGCGUACCGACGGAAAUACGAGCAUUUCUUGCAAAGGUACAAGUCCUUGUGCCCAGACACCUGGCCGCACUGGCACGGGCCUCCAGCAGAGGGCGUAGAGCGGCUGAUCAAGUACAUUGGCUACAAACCCGAGGAGUACAAGUUAGGGAGAUCCAAAAUAUUCAUUCGCUUCCCCAGAACUCUGUUUGCUACUGAAGAUGCCUUUGAAUUUAGUAAACAUCAAUUAGUUGCGAGAAUCCAAGCCAUGUACAAAGGCUGCCUGGAAAGGAGAGCAUACGUGAGAAAAAGACAAGCAGCCAUUAAACUUGAAGCCCACUGGCGUGGAGCCCUGGCUCGGAAGGAGGCCAAAAGGAGAAAGUGGGCUGUGCAGAUUAUAAGAAAGUUCAUAAAGGGAUUCAUCCAUCGCAACAAGCCCCUCUGUCCUGACAAUGAGGAGUUCAUCGUGUUCGUGCGGAAGAAUUACAUCUUGAAUCUUCGGUAUCACGUCCCAGAGAACGUCUUGGACGACAGCUGGCUGAGGCCUCCUGGCCUCUUGGAAAACGCAUCGAAUCUGCUCAGGAAAAUGUGCAUGAGGAACCUGGUCCGGAAGUACUGCCGAGGGAUCACAGCCGAGAGGAAAGCCCUGAUGCAGCAAAAGGUGGUUACAAGUGAAAUAUUCAGGGGAAAGAAAGAAGGCUAUGCAGAAAGCUUAAAUCAACCCUUUGCCAACAGCCGAAUAGAUGAAGGAGACAUUAAUCCCAAAGUGCUUCAGCUCAUCAGCAGUGAGAAAAUCCAAUACGGUAUCCCGGUCAUUAAAUACGACAGGAAAGGCUUCAAGACACGGCAGAGGCAACUCAUUCUCACUCAGAAAGCAGCUUACGUGGUGGAACUUGCCAAAAUCAAGCAGAAAAUAGAGUACCCUGCGCUCAAAGGUGUCUCUACCAGCAGCUUCAGCGACGGAAUGUUAGUCAUUCACGUUUCGCCAGAAGGCAACAGGCAAAAGGGGGAUGCCGUCUUACAGUGCAAACACAUAUUUGAGGCAGUUACCAAACUCGUCAUGCUGGCUAAGAAGGAGAACAUUGUAAAUGUUGUUCAAGGAAGUUUACAGUUUUAUAUUAGUCCUGGAAAAGAAGGCACAAUAGUUUUUGACACCGGACCAGAAGAACAAAUCUAUAAAGAUAAAAACGGACAGUUAACAGUGGUGAGUGGCCGUGUCUGGGGAGGGGGAGGUGUAAGCAGUUUUAAGUAAGACUAUAGGUUAAGAUUCUGCCAAUUUCAGUCCUCCUGUAGAUUGACCAGAAUCAUAGUCUAGUUUAUUUCUCCCUCUGUCCCUGAUUCUGCGUUGAAAAAUAGGAAGGAAUGGGUACUAGAGGUGCAGAUUCAAACACGGACUGAAAAGGAGAACAGUUUACUCACAUUUGUCAGUGAACCAGAAGCUGACGUUAAACUUUUCACACUAUAAACGUCAAAGCCCCUCUUCACUGGAUGCCAAAGGCCUCACUCCCUAUCACGUGGUUCUCAAGUGAGUCUCCACGGGGGAAACUCCCGACCAGCUUCGAAAAAUACCAGUGUGUGUGUCUCCCCCGACCCGCUCCCCGACACCAUGACGUAACUGGCUGGGGGUGAGGCCUGGGCUCUGGAAAACAAGGAUCCCAGGACUGAGGAGGAGAGGUUUGGGAACCAGGCGCAUCUUAGGAAGUCAAGCCUGAGUGCUCGGGGCUUUGCCCUCGCUAGCAAGUCUGAUCCAAUUCUGCUGGCAAAUGACACACUGAAAGCUGACGGGGCUGAAUCUUUAAAACAUGGUUUGUAGCAAAUUAUGAAUACUUGGUAUAUAUAUACAAACUAAAAAAUGGUCUAACAACAUGGACUGUCUCAUACACAUUUAACGAUGAAACUGUUUUGUGGACAAACACACAUAAUUGCCCCCGAAAACAGGUAACUCCUUUGGGGACAAGUUAAAAUACUGAAGCGUGAUUUUUAAUGUAAAGUAUAAGGUGACUUUUCAGUUUACAUGCUGUCUUAAAACUUACCCCCAUUCCUCCCAGGCUGGCUCAGGCUGAAGCUGAGGCCUCAGUGAGCCUAUUUCUGGAUGUGGCUUGUCUCACGGGAGGUGGGGCAGGAGAUGGUGUUGGUGACGGGGCUUGGCUGCUCGCAGCUUGUCCACGUCCCCCUCAACCAUGCAGGCGGCUGCACCGCUCACUGCCUCCUCCUGAGUGAGAGGAGACACCUCUAAACCUCAGCGUGUACCUUCCCCAGGUGUCAGUCCGCAGGAAGUCCUGAUGGAGGAUGACGUGUGAUCUCUCCCAUCGCCGUUUCUGCUGCAACUGAGGAAAGCUCGAAUUUGGUCCAGUUAGCGACACCUUCAAGCAAAGUUUCCAGCAGCUCUAGGAAAAGGAUCGUCCCUGAAGAAGCAGAGUGGCAUCUUAUGCCAAAGGCCAAGCCCUCAGGUGUUCCGUCGCACUACAUGUUCUCUUUAGGGAGCCAACCUCAAGUCACCCAAGGGGGUGAUUUUAAACAUCCCCAAUAGGACCUACACUUGACGGGCACUUGAACAUGUCAGUAUGGGGGGAUGACAGAUUCUCUUUGUCAUGCUGCCCCUGGGGCACAAUGACGUAUUAUACGUGGUCUGAGAGCAUAAAGCUGCAAAAUCUGAAUUUUGCUUUAAAUAAAUGGAACUCAGAAACAUACCCAGUUCCUGCAUGGCUUUAGGCUCCACAUGGUGAGGUGUAGCUCUCCCCACCCCAAACCUGCAGUCGGAGGCAACAGCAGCCGACCGCUGUUUCACAAGCCCAGCAGCAUUUCCACCCAAGACUUCCUUCCAGUGUUUGAGUUCAAACACUACGGAAAAAUGACUCAUCUUUUCCACCCUGAGCAGCAACCUUUAGGUGGUGAAGUAGAAGGUGGGAUCUCUGCUCUCUUUCCUGUGAACUGCACUUCAGUUCAGUGGCUGGACUGUGCUGGGCAUUUCUGAAAAGACCCAGAAAAACAGAUUUAAGUAGAAGCGUUAUAUAACUUUUAUUUUACAUAUGUCCACAGAUGCUUGUACAACACACAGUGACUACUUCUGAAGCUCAUAGCGUUUUUUUCCAUGGCACAAAGAGACAGAAAGGUUAGUGACACACACGUGUUACAGUGACCCUGGGUGGAGCCCUAGAAAACACAUUCCAGAGGGAGGGCCAGGGUACCUGCACAGCGACCGCCCUGCUAAGUAAGCCACUACAGGAGGACGAUGGAGAGGCAAGGUCCCCAGUCACCACAAUCAGAUGACUUAUUUGAAAAAAAGCCUCAUCACGAGGGACCCAAAGCUGUUCUGCUUUUUCCAUUGUAAGUUAUUACAGUGUAAUAAAACUUAGCUCUUCACCAAAUCUUAGGCCAGUGUUUGUUUUUACUUGGAUGGUUCUUAAAUACAAAUAUUGACUUUUGUU